AGUUAUCUGCGUUACAAAGAUUAGUAAGAUGGAAGAACUUGGACUCGCACCACAGGUGGUGAAGGAACCUGAAGUUUUUGAAACAUUAGGGAUGAACUUCGGAUAUGUGGAUCCUCUUCAGCUCAGUGAAGAAGAUCUGUAUGUAAAAUUAAAGAGCCUUAAAAAGCAAAUAGAAUUCAUUGAAGUGCAAGAAAACUACAUAAAGGAUGAGCAAAAGAAUCUUAAGAAGGAGUAUUUGCAUGCUCAAGAGGAAGUCAAGCGAAUUAAAAGUGUCCCUCUCGUUAUUGGUCAGUUUUUGGAAGCUGUAGAUCAAAGCACCGGUAUUGUGGGGUCAACGACUGGUUCGAAUUAUUAUGUUCGAAUAUUAUCUACAAUUGAUCGUGAGUUGUUGAAGGCUAGUGCUAGCGUUGCUCUUCACAAACACAGCAAUGCAUUGGUAGACGUUCUUCCCCCAGAAGCAGAUAGCAGCAUAACAAUGCUUCAGGCAGAUGAAAAGCCUGAUGUGUCUUAUGCUGACAUUGGUGGUAUGGAUAUCCAGAAGCAGGAAGUCAGAGAGGCUGUUGAAUUACCUUUAACUCAUUUUGAACUAUACAAACAAAUCGGAAUAGAUCCACCUAGAGGUGUGUUGAUGUAUGGCCCUCCAGGUUGUGGAAAAACAAUGUUGGCUAAAGCAGUCGCACAUCAUACUACUGCUGCUUUUAUUCGUGUAGUGGGAUCGGAAUUUGUUCAGAAAUACUUAGGUGAAGGUCCUCGGAUGGUUCGAGACGUGUUUCGCUUAGCCAAAGAAAAUGCCCCAGCAAUUAUAUUCAUUGACGAGAUUGAUGCUAUUGCCACAAAACGAUUUGAUGCUCAAACUGGAGCUGAUCGCGAAGUACAGCGUAUUUUGUUAGAACUCUUAAAUCAAAUGGAUGGGUUUGACCAAAAUGUAAAUGUGAAAGUGAGUGUAGUGUAAAAGAUUCUCCAUCUAUUUUAGUAUCUUUCUGAAGUUUCAAGAUUACCAAUGUACCCAGUUUAUGUAAUGUGACACUUGUUUGGAUUUUACCUGUACUUAUCUUUAUAUCACUCCUUUUCUGCACUUAGUUUUUCCUCUUGAUCUGUAAAUUUGUUUUCCAGCUUAGAAUUUAAAUUAAGAAGGGCAGUAGAGAUUAGUGACUGACAGGAAUCACCUUCGCAUUAUCUAUCGGACUGUUUUGAUGCACAAUACCAAUGACAUAAACUAGGCUUCCCAUCUCGUAAUGGAUAGAUAUCUUAAAACUUUAUUGUUAAGUUUUUGUUUGGUUACGGUGAAAUAAUUUUUGCUUUCAAUCCUCAACCUGAUGCAACUGUAGUAUGCAUAUUAUGUUUGACACUGAGGUAUCAAGUGAUUUUUCCUGCAUUGAAAUUACGCUGAUGCUAUUUAACUUUUCGUAACUGGUGCGUAUUUCAGUACGUUGUAACCACAUGCAAGUUUAUGUGACGAGUUACACUUGUAUAAUUGCUAAUAAAUACUACGUGGUCACACACGUCGGUAAGUGGCUUAAAAUUCGAACCAGUGAGUCAUCAGUUUAUUGAAUUCAAAGAUUGAACUUUUUUUAGCUAGAAGUCAGACUAUUAUUUUUACAACACCCAACACUAAUCUGCUUAAUCUAGUUUAUCCUCUGUAAGACUUCUCUCAUCGUGCACUUGUUUCUGCUUCUGUGCCAUGUGAUUGACGAAAAUGAGUGUGGAACUUUAAGGGCCACCGUAGCAACGACCGAAAUAACCAAUUAGUUUCCUUUCUUUCGACUGGAUUGGUAGUUUUUACAUAAAAUACGAAAAUUCAAUUAGUUAUUCCAGUAGUUGGUUGGGUGACCUUAAGGACCAAUCAAAUGAAUAGCCCAAGUUAGAUUAUUAUUAUUAUUUGUCCCUUCGGCUCCUAGUGGAACAUAAGGCUUCAGUAGCACUCUCUUCUCUCCAGUCUUUUAAACCUGGCUCCACCACCAACCACAAGCUUUCAUUUCUUCCUCACACCAUUUCCUCUAUGUCACCCUCGCCUCAGACGCCUGACUCGUUGUUUCCCCUUUAGAUUCCACUCGACGACCUGACCUGGCGCGUGAUGUCCCCAAUCAGUCUUUUCAGUGUAUGACCAAUCCAUCUCCACUUUCUUCCUCUGCAUAUUUGUUGGGUGGUGGCUUCUUGGUUGGUUCGUUGCCAGCCAGCUAGCGAGCCAAAUUUCUUUGUUGCUGAUUCUUCCUGGCUAUCCAUCUGAUCUUCAGUGUCAGUAUCGAGUGAGCGUAGACAGCUGUUGGCUUGUGCAUGUCUGUAGUUUGUUGGAAAUGCUUUUCGUAACGCGCCAAGUCUCUCAACCAUUACAUAGAAGUACUGACUGACUUGACUGAUAUUACUGUUGAAAAUCCGGAUCUUGUUCACUCUUUUUGCUGAGUGCAGUAUAGUGCAGUAGAUCUCCACACUGGUUUCAGGUUAAUGAAGACCUGUCGUUCUGAUCCUCACUGCUCUGACAUCCUCAUCUGUGCCGUCGCCUGUAGUUGAAAGGAUGCUGCAUUGCUUGCCUAGGUGAAAGAAACAACUUAGUUCCGAUUCAUCCCAAUAAUUGUGACUCGUGCUUCUUCUCGUUGUUCUUAUCCUUGGUUGGGUAUCUUCAUCACCUCUGCCUUCUCUACACGUUCACCCGUCUUCACUGCCCUGCCUCUUCUGUCAACUUGUUAGCUUUCGUCUGUAGAUCUUCGAGUUUGUGCGGCAAGAUAUUGGAUAUAAAUCAUCAUCAUCGGCGAAGGCCAAAUCUUCUCCUGGGGUGGUUUCAUCGGUCCAGUCAGCGUAUGUCCAUCUUCUCGCUCCUCACUGUUUGUUGCAUGAUCCAGUACAGUACAGUCCACUCCAGUUGACCACACUCAGGUGAUAGUAGGCGGUAAUCUUGUAUUACUCCUGUCUUCACUUCAAAGGCAUCACUGAGCUCUCCAUUGUGAAUCACUUGGCAUUUAGCAUUAUCAUCAUAAUCAUGUAGCUGUUGCAUGAGGUUGAUAGAGGUUUGUGGCACUAAAACCGUAGUGUUGAAGCAGCUGCCUGGCAAAUUACUUCUCGGUCAACACCGUCGAAGACCUUUUCAAAGUAACUGAAGUUGAGGUCAAGAGAGUUGACUGGUAUUAUAUGCUCUGUUCUAUGAUGAUGUGUAGCGUUGCAAUUUGAUCCACACAUGAUUUGUACCUCCUGAAUCCACCUUGUUCCGGUCAUAAUUUUGAGUCCAUGGCAUCUUUUAGUCUUUCCAGGAUGAUGCAGCUUAAUAUUUUGCUUGGGGUGAACAGGAGCAUGAUUCCUCCCCAGUUCUAGCAAAGACUUCGGGAGUUCAAUAAGGUAGCCCUUCUUUCUAUCGGCAGCUACCUUUCUUCCUUCCCUGCGAACCUUCUGCAGUAGUGGUGUGGGCUUGUCAGCUGCUGAUGUCUCUGUGUCUGUUUUCAGUGCUUCUGGAGGGAUUUCAUCUCGUUCUGCUGCUUUCCCGUAUUUCAGUAACUUUAAGGUCGUAUACGCAGGGUGAGGUUAAGUGAAUAACUGCACUUGGGUCCUAUAUGCCUGUCUCACAUACAGUACACAUCCAUGGCCCGAGUUGUUAUUUUUGACCAGCAAAGCUUUUCCGAUUUGGUGGAGGGUGCAGACAUUGAAAUCUCCAAUAUCUGGUUUAGAGUGCUAACCUAGGAGACUAAAGAUUUUGUUCCGUGAGCUCGAAUCGUUACCGAGAGCUUCAGAGCUGAGGCGAAUCAAAGAUGAUGUAGGAACAUUCACCGAAAGAUGUGAAAGAAGAUUAGAAGACUAUGAUGUGGAUGGUACACUGAUCUGAGGUAACUUGAGUACUGACAGAAUUGUGAGGGCCGUUGAUGCUUCCCGGCUGCCCACACCGUGGAAGGCUAGUUCUUCUUCAAGUAUAUAAAACGAAGGGUUAGUGCGUGACCGCAGAGCCCAAGGGUUAUCUGCUUGAUGCCCGCCACAUACGACGUUCUUGGAAAUUUGGGACUUAAGUUUGUGAGUUUCGACUCCAAAUAUAGACUCAUGACACCUACACCAGCAUGCCGCGAGGUAGAAAGAAGUGUGGUAUUUUCAGGCUCGACCUUUUCGAAACCCCCUUCCCAAAGGGAAGGCUGCAUGGUACUACUGGUCAUCUAUGGGGAACCUUACUGCUAUCACACCCGUCCAGCCAGUAAUAUGACUUCUCCCUUGAACCUUCUUCAUUGUCUAGUAAAUCACACUAUGACGGUAGCCUCUUUUUGUCUUAUCACUAUUAAACUGACCUUUUUGAGAUGGCGGGACCUCGAAAAAUCAAGCGUCUCACCAGCAUAGCUCGUUGGGUCACCUUGACAUGCGAGUCUGACCACCACGUCAAGGUAGCAGCUAUCGCUCGGGUCAAUGAAAAUUUGUGCGAGGCCUUAUGUUUGAUAUCAAUCUAUAUUGUUUUUCAAGACAGCUAUUUACUUUUCCAAAACAGCUAACAAAAGUCCAACCCCUAUUCGAUAUCGCUUCAUGAACAAAUAAAUAAAUAUCCCUUUAUCAAGUUUUAGCAUCAACAUAGAAAUGAUUUACAACCAUUAUCUUCACUAUUUUAAACAUCUUAUAUAUAUCGUGUAGAAUAUUGUUCAAUUGUCAUAUCUAACACGUUUGCUUUUUCUCACGUAGGUCAUCAUGGCUACAAAUCGUGCUGAUACAUUAGACCCAGCACUUCUACGUCCUGGACGACUUGAUCGUAAAAUUGAAUUCCCAAUGCCAGAUCGUCGUCAAAAGCGUCUCAUUUUCUCAACUGUUACUAGUAAAAUGAAUCUCAGCGAUGAUAUUGAUUUGGAGGAUUAUGUGGCACGACCAGAUAAGAUAUCUGGUGCAGAUAUCAAUGCAAUUUGUCAAGAGGUGAUUAUUUCCGACAAUAUUUGUUUUGAUAACUACACGUAAUUAAACUUGAUAAGUGUCUAGGAACGGAAAUUGAAGGCUUUAUUAUGUUCAUAAAUAACUUUUAGCCUACAGCUUAGUUAAAGUAUAUUCAAGCAAACUUUUCAUACCAUAUCAACAGUUGAACGAAUAUUAUUGUUGCAAUUUUCAGGUCUUUUUGUAUGUUUUCAUGUUCCCUUUAUCACUUUUUGUUUGUUUGUCUUAGGCUGGUAUGCAAGCAGUUCGAGAAAAUCGGUAUGUCGUUUUGGCGAAAGAUUUUGAAAAAGGGUACAAAAAUAAUCUGAAGAAAGAUGAACAGGAACUGGAAUUUUAUAAAUAAUACAAUUUUUCCGUCUUAUUGAUCACAAAAAUAAAAGUCUAUAUCAUUACCUCUGAUAACUUACCUCGUGGUACUUGUAAAUAAAUAAACCAACCU